AUCCGUGAAAUAAAAAAUUAGAAAAUAGGAAAAGGCCUAUUUUAUAAAACAGUGAACACGGUCCUGAUCCCCACCACCAUUCGAGUGGUUUCAGCAUCAACGACAAAAGACAAUCAAAGAAAGCAAGAUGUCAGACCACGAGAUGGAAGUUGUGAACACAGACGAGAACAAAGAAGACAUAGAAAAUAUACAGGGAAAGAAAGAGGAGGAGAAGCAGAAAGAAGGAAAAAACGGACAAGAUGAAAAAAACAGACAAGAAGAGAAAGAGAAGCCGCUGUCGUCGUCGAAAAUUAAAAAAUUACUGAAGAAAAUAGUAUAUGGCGGCGGCGGUGGCCGUCGAGGAAAAUGGGGCGGCCGCCGUGGAGGAAGGGGAUGGCGUGGCGGCGGCGGCGGCGGCGGCAGGGGACGGGGCGGCGGCAGAGGAUGGGGCGGCGGCAGAGGACGGGGCGGCGGCACAGGAGGGCGCAACGUUAUUGUCAAUUAUUAUUGA